GUUGCAGAAAUAUGAAACGAAAGUGCACAAGAUUAACUGAUUUGAAUGUCGACGUAUUGAAAAAAAUCAUGAUUCACGUGGCUGAGUCAUCUGAUGGAGCAACCAAUAUUGCAAGGAUGUUACCAGUCUGCAGAGUGUUUUCGGAACUUGCUGAGGAUAGAGAAAUCGUGAAAGCUGUAGUUUUUGAUAGAGUUAAGCGAUCUGGCAUUCAUGGAUCAUUCUGGCAGCAGAAUGGUUUGUUAGUUAGGUGUUUGCGCAGUGGAAAUGUGACUGCUUGUGACAUACUAUGUAAGUAUGGACAGAUUUUGGGUGCAACUUUAAGGGCUCAUAGGGGGGCUUUGCUCUGGAGAAACAUGAUAACCAUGUCAAGAGCUAGGGCAGUUGGGAUUGUAAAUACAAGGGCUCGGCUAAAGUCUUUUCAAUCAUCCGUAGAGGAGUGCUGGAAGCUCUUCGAUGCUGUUGAUGUCGAUAUUCAAAAGUUCAUGGAGUUCUGAGUUGACGAGGAUUGUUACUCAGAGAAAGAGCAUGAAAUAGCUUUCAGUCAGACGUGAAAACUCAUGGUGGUUACCUUGCAGUGAUGUAUGUAGCUUUUCAAAUGUCGACUCUAGAGGCUUAUGCAAUGUAAUUAGCUGGAUGUCUUCUGAUCGUAUUGCAAGAUUAUUAAGGAAUUGUAUUUCUUCCUGAGAUGUGAGCAAUAGCUGCGAAGAAGGUAUUAUUUUUCUUCAAUUCCAGAAAUGACUAAAUAUUCUCAUUCAUUGCCAGAUGUUC